GGGAGCGACUGAACUGAGGGGAAGGGGUGUCGUCCAAACCCGACUAUUACCGUGGCUGUUGGAGCGGGGUUGGAACUCGGGGCGCCGCUCACUGGCAGCGGGUGGCUGAGCAGCCUGGUUCUCUUGGAAAGGACAGCCCGUCCUGUCAGGAGUCGCCUCUCUUCCGCUGAGGGAAGGUCUGUGUUGGAUAUUUUGUAACAGCUAAAAAUAAGCAGAUCUCAAUUUUGGAUAGUGCUGGUUGCCUGGCAUCUAAUUACAGUGAUUUCACACUAGAUACAUAAUGAGCAUAUUGAUGCAAGAUAAAUUUAGUGAACAACUAUAAAAUGCCCAGGUUUGGGUCAACAAAGACAGUUCAAGUUCAGAAUUCUGUCAGCGAUAGCACCAUGGUGGAGAAACCAACUGGAAGAAAGAGCAAGGACAAGAUUGCCUCCUACAGCAAAACUGCAAAAGUGGAUAGGAGUGAUGUGGGAAAGGAGAUGAAAGAAAAAUCUUCCAUGAAACGUAAACUUCAGUUUAAUGUUAGUCCAUCCAGAAAUGAAGAUCGAAAUUCAGAUACAGAUUCAGAUCCAGGACAUACAAAUGAAAACUGGGGGGAGAGAUUAAUACCUUCUUACAGGACAUAUUCAGAGAAAGAAGUCCCAGAAAAGAAGAAAAUGAAAAAGGAAGCUGGAAAUAAAAAAGCAGCACCCGUUAGCAUUCUUUUUGGUUACCCGCUAUCCGAACGUAAACAGAUGGCCCUUCUUAUGCAGAUGACUGCAAGAGACAACAGCCCAGAUCCUAAUUUGAAUCAUCCUUUACAAACAGUGGCAACACAAAAGAAAACUCCAAGCUCCUCAUCACGCCAAAAAGAUAAAGUUAACAAAAGAAAUGAACGAGGGGAAACUCCCUUACAUACAGCUGCCAUUAGAGGUGAUGUUAAACAAGUUAAAGAAUUAAUUAGUCUAGGUGCAAAUGUGAACGUGAAAGAUUUUGCAGGUUGGACACCACUCCAUGAAGCUUGUAAUGCUGGUUAUUAUGAUGUUGCUAAGGUCUUGAUAGCAGCAGGGGCAGAUGUAAAUACUCAAGGCUUAGAUGAUGAUACACCACUCCAUGAUUCUGCAAGCAGUGGACAUAGGAAAAUUGUAAAGUUGCUCCUCCGACAUGGUGGUAAUCCAUUCCAAGCCAAUAAACAUGGAGAGAGACCUGUUGAUGUAGCUGAAACAGAAGAACUGGAACUGUUACUAAAAAGAGAAGUUCCUAUUUCUGAUGAUGAAGAUGGCUGUUCAGAUCUUGAUGAAGCACCAUCUGUAAAUCCUUCCAGCAUAGAUGGCAAUAUGGAUUCUGAGACAGAGAAAGAAUCUCUAGCUAAUGACAACAAACAUGUUUCUAAUAAGACACCUCUUUCAUCUGCUGUUGAUGAAUAUGAAUUUAAAGAUGAUGAGGAUGAAGAAGUUAAGAAAAUGAUUGAUGAUAGACAUAUUCCUCGGAAAGAUCUGAGAAAAGAGGAUACAUCUGAAAUUGAACAAAGUAACUUAUUUCUUACACAGGAAAAGCUAUCAUUUCCAAAAUCAUUUAAAAAUAAAAAACAGAAGCCUUCCAGAGUCCUUUAUUCAAGUUCUGAAAGUUCAGAUGAAGACAUUCUUCAAGACAAAAAGAUAAUGUCUCCUUCAUGUACUGUUACAGAAAUUUCAAAUUCUGAUGCAAAGAUUAAAAAAGAAUAUGUUUAUAAUGAAUAUAAACAAAAAGGAAAAGUUAAGAGAAAACUAAAAAAUCAAAGCAAAAAUAAAGAGAACCAGCAAUUAACACUAGAAAAAGAUCAUUCCAGAGUGACAAACCUAGGUGUUUCCUUGUUAGAAUCUUUAGACAAAAGCAAAGAAGAUGAUAAUUUUCGAAAAACAUUUAGCCCAAAGGAGGAUUCUUCUUUGCCUUUACUCCAUAUUACUCCUAGCAAAUCUCCUAAACAUCCAUGUGGCAUAAAUGAAAAGCAGUCUUCAACACUUAAACAAGAAAAUGUUAAAACUUGUUUAUCUCCAGGAGAGUCUGAGGUAACUUCACAGUCUGAAUUAAUUCAAUAUGACCAUAAUCCAGAUUCUGAUUUUCUUUUGGAAAAUUCUAGUGGUAAGUCUUACAAGAACAGAGACAAAAGUAAGCAUCAGAAAGAAUUUAUUUUAGAAUUUAGUGAGAAAUCCAGUCCUAAACUUAAAGAGGAAGAUAACAGUCCACUCUUUGAAAAUUCUGACUCUAUGAUGAAGAAGACUGACAAGGAGGGAAAAAUACUUAAAAAGCAUAAAUUGAAGCAUAAAGAAAGGGAAAGGGAUAAGCAUAAAAAGGAGCAGGAUGGAGAGAAAGAAAGAUAUAAGCAUAAGGAGAAUUCCAAGGAUGUCCAAAGGAAUGUUGAGUUUGAUAGAGAAUUUUGGAAAGAGAAUUUUUUCAAAAGUGAUGAGGCAGAAGAUAUGUCAACUAUAGACCAUGACCCUCAAAUGUCAGAGAAGAAAUCUAAACUGGAAAAAGUCUUAAGUAAAGAAGACAAAUAUGUGAAAGAGAGAAGCUUUCAAAAAGAUAAAUUUUUUAGAGAGGAAAAAGAGAGAGAAAAAAAUAAAAAAGAAAAUGACAAGGAAGAGAAAACAAAAGAAGAUAGCAUAUUUAUUGAUAAAGAAGCAGAUUUUUUUUGUUUAGGUGUUAGGGAUAUAGGAACAAGUAUAACUUCUAUAGAGAAGGAAGACAUUGAGAAGCAAGAAAAAAGGGAUCAUAGAGAAAAAAAUGAGAAGCGGAACUCUGCUAUUGAAAAAAUAGAAAAAAAAAAUACCGAUAAAGAGAAAAAAAUAAAAUGUGAACAUAAAUCAGAAAAAGAUAAAUCAGACUCUCUUGAAAAUAAUGAAAAGAUAAAAGAAAAGGAAAAGGUGUAUUUUCAACAGGCAGAAAAAUCUAAUAAAGAACAUGAUAAAAUAAAAAGCUUUAAUGCUAUUAAAAAGCUUGAUGACAAAGAAAAAAUUAAAGAAAGAUUUGAAAAGAAGCAUGAUAAAGAAAAAAAUGAUAGAUUCUUGUCUGAGUGUAAAGAAAAACCCAGCAAUGAUAAGAAAUGCAAGAGUUCUGAAAAGGAUGGUGAAUAUUCAAAAGUGGAAAAAGGAAAAAACAAAGAAAAGGAAAUGGAGAAAAAAGAGAAAUCGAAAGAACGGGACAGUUCAGUAAUUAUAAACAUAAAGCAAACAGCAGAAGAGAAAAAAGGCAGUGGUGAAAAAUCUUUAUUCUUAAAAGAGAAGCCAAAGGAUGAAUUGCUGAAAACUCCUGAUGGAAGAGAGAAGGAUAAAAAAGAUAAAGAUAUUGACAGAUAUAAAGAGCGUGACAAAUAUAAAGAUAAAAUUCAGCAAAAUAGUGUACCUAAAUUAAAAACUGAAAUUGAAAAGCUUAAAUCUAAACCAUUACCAGUCUCUAAAGAUACUCGACCUAAAGAAAAGAGAUUAUUAAAUGAUGAUUUGAUGCAGACAAGCUUUGAAAGAAUGCUUAGUCUUAAAGAUCUGGAAAUUGAACAGUGGCAUAGAAAACACAAAGAAAAAAUAAAACAGAAAGAAAAAGAAAGAUUAAAGAAUCGAUCCUGUACAGAACUUAACAAAAUAAAAGAUAAGGACAAAAUAAAAUAUUCACUUACUGAAUCAAAGAACAAAGAACUGAUUCGUUCAAAAAGCUCAGAGUUAUCAGACGCUGCUGGGAAGGAUAAGCAGCUACGAGAUGCUACCAGUAGUAGGUCACAGUCAGUUGAUAUAAAAAAUUCUGGUGGAAAACCAUCCCUAGCGUUGGACAAUAGCUUAAGUAGGUCUCCUAGAUCAGAAAGUGAAAAAACUGGACUAACAUCCCGGUCAAUAUCUAUGAUUUCAAUUGCUAGCUCAGAGGAUUCUUGCCAUGCUACAGUAACUCCUCCAAGACCUGUUACUGAAUAUGAUUCAGAUUUUAUGCUUGAAGGAUCUGAUUCUCAAAUGUCUUUUUCACAUUCACCAUUUUUGCCUAGUGCCAAAUCACCUGCAAACUAUGAGAAUGAUAGUUUGUCAGAGUUGCCAGAGCGCAAUAAAGCACCUAUCUUAAACAGACUACCACCAGCUUAUGUUAGAUCAGCAUCAGUCGAAGAUGUGAAAUUUGUGAUAAAUGAUUGUAGACCAGUUGUAGAAGUGCGAAGAUGCAGUAUGCCAGCUGUUUAUGAAAAUACAAAACAGUCCCGAAUAUCAGAAGAAAAUAGCCACAGUACUUUGCUCUCAGUUCAAAGUUGUAAUUCUUUUCCUAAACAUGAAUGUUGCAAUUUGCUUGAAAAGGAUUCCCAGAAUGGACUGACCAGCUUGUAUUCCAGUUCUGCUUUAUCCCCAAGUAGACCUGUUAAUAAACUUAAUACAUUAGAUGCAGUUGGAAAAAACACUGCUCCUUCAAGCUCAUCAGGAGAAAGUCAUACAUUUUUAGAACAUAAUAAUACAACUCAAUCAAAUAAAACAUGGGAUGUGCCUUUGGAUAGAUUUAUUUCAUUAAAUAGUGAGUGUUCCUGCUCAAAUUAUGCAGGCUGUGAGCCUGAUACAGCAAAUGUCUCAGCCAUAACUACUUUUGAAAAUAAAAGUAUGAAACAGCAGAAAAGUUCUGAACCUUUUUGUCAUCAUACUGAAAGCAUAUCAAAUCCUGCAUCACAGGAAAUGGUAGAAUUUUUGUCUGUUCAGUCAUGCUGCCCUCCUCAGAUUCAGCCAGGCACAGAUACAAUCUAUAUGUCAAAGCAUGUAGUUCUGUCAGAUACAAACAGCCAAGAGCUUCUGAUUAAGAGCCCACAAAGUUCCAUUCAACCUAGCAAUUCAGUACUAGACAUAGAUGCUACAAGCAAAAAAAAGAUAGAAAAAAAUGUCUUCUUGUCAAACAAUAAAAAGGCAGAUAUGCUUAUCACAGUUUAUCCUGAAAGUGUCACUAAAGAUAUUUCACAAAAUUUUGAAAAGGAUUUUUUUGCAAUUGAUCCCCGCUUACACUCUAGUGCAAGUUCAUCUGUAGUAAGUAAGCUCAUUUAUAAAACGUCACAAGCUGAUGAACUCGAUAAUAGCAUAAUUGAUAUUCAGUUCCAAGGUGAAAAAGCCCAUUCCACUGACAUUUGUUCAUCCCAUAUGGCUGGUAAUAAAAAUGACCUAGAUCUACAGGAUCUAAAUGGUAGAGCACUGAAAGGAAUUACAAAUGAGUACAAUAGAAAAUUUUUUAAUAUAGACAAUGCAGAAAACAGUUCAGUGGAAGAAAACUUGCAGCAGUACCUGCCACCUAAUUUGGAAAGCCAUUCACAGUUAACAGGACAUGAAGUACAUAAAUAUAGUCCAACUAUUAAAUCAGAAUUGGAAGAAGCAGCAGAAGAUCCUAAAGCACAACACUAUGAAAUUCCUCAAAGAAUUACAAGGAAUAGAGCAAAUAUGCUUGCUAAUCAAAGUAAGCAGAACAUUUCUGGUUGUUCCCAGAUCUCAGAAAGAGAUUUUGAUUCAUCUGCCUCUUUGAAAGGACGGAUAAGGUUAACUGAGGAAGAUGAUGCUCAGACACAUCAUCCACGUAAAAGAAAGCUGUCACGUGUUCCUCAGCCUGUUCAAAUAAAUCCAUCUUUAAUGCAAGCUAAAGAAAAAACUCACCAGUCUCUGGCAGCUGUUGUAGACUCUCUAAAACUAGAAGAGAUUCAGCCAUACAGUUCAGAGAGAGCAAAUCCGUAUUUUGAAUAUUUGCAUAUAAGAAAGAAAAUAGAAGAGAAACGUAAAUUACUAUGUAGCGUUAUUCCUCAAGCACCUCAGUAUUAUGAUGAAUAUGUAACCUUCAAUGGAUCGUACCUCCUAGAUGGCAAUCCCCUGAGCAAGAUAUGCAUUCCAACAAUCACACCACCACCAUCACUAUCUGAUCCACUUAAAGAACUCUUUAGACAGCAAGAAGUUGUAAGGAUGAAACUUCGUUUGCAACACAGUAUUGAAAGGGAAAAGCUUAUUGUUUCCAAUGAACAAGAAGUACUACGAGUCCAUUAUCGAGCAGCAAGAACUUUAGCAAAUCAGACUUUGCCCUUCAGUGCAUGUACAGUACUGCUGGAUGCUGAAGUAUAUAAUGUGCCUCUGGAUACACAGACUGAUGACAGUAAAACAUCAGUUAGAGACCGAUUUAAUGCAAGGCAAUUUAUGUCAUGGUUACAAGAUGUGGAUGAUAAAUUUGACAAAUUAAAGACAUGUCUCUUGAUGAGGCAGCAACAUGAAGCAGCAGCUUUAAAUGCUGUUCAGAGACUGGAAUGGCAGCUUAAGCUACAAGAACUUGAUCCUGCAACUUACAAAUCAAUCAGCAUUUAUGAAAUUCAGGAAUUCUAUGUUCCUCUUGUGGAUGUUAAUGAUGACUUUGAAUUGACACCUAUAUGACAGCUAGCAUUUCUUGCUGUUACAGCUCAAGACUGUGGGAUGUUUAAAUUAUAGCACUAAAAUGGAAUACUGCUUUUAUCAAUAUUCCAUGUAUUCCCUCUGAAAUGUUCCCCAAAUCUCAUUCAGUAUUGCACAUGUGUAUACCAUUUGUUAAUAAAUGGUAUUAUUUUAGCCUCUAGGUUCAAAAAGCAUCUUCCCAGUAAAUCUAUCUACAACAGUCUUUCACUAAAGAUUUAACAGCGCUGGCAGCUGUUAAAAAUCCACCAAAAAUACUUGCUAUUUAAAGUUCACUUUAAUGGUUUUCAUUAUUAAACUUAAACGUUUUAGAAAAACAACAAAAACCUGUGGAAGAACUUACAAGCUUGUGGGAAUGUGCAGAAUGAGAGUCUAUUCAUCUUACAUAAUUUAUAGGUUAACUGUACAGUUUUCUUUUUGAAAAAGAUGUUAUAUUGUUUUCAUUUUUUAAAAUAACUUAUUUUAUACAUAUUGUGCAAAUGUAAAUACUCUUAUAUUUAAUGUUCAGCCCUGUAUAAAAAUAGAUAUUUUAAUUGUAAAACUGUUUUGUCUAAUGUUUAUUGGACCAAAAUUGUUGUUGUUUCUUAUGUGUAAUGUACAGGCAAUUUUCUUUUAAAAGCAUGGCAUUUGAUUUAGCUGCUUGUUCAUCACCAUUACUGCUAAGAUUUGGUACUGAGUGGUAUUGCAUGCUAGCUCAGUUGAAAUUUUUCCCUAAUGCAGGGUACCUAAAUGAUUUAAACAUUUGUUACCAAUCCAGUAUACUGCUUUGUACAGCAUCCAUUCAUUCAGAGGAAUUUGCAUGAAUCCCCUUUCAUUGUAGUAUGUAGCAGUGCUUAUUGGAUUAUGUCUUGACUUCACAGAGCCAUUUGUCUUUUGCUCUGCUGCUAUAAUGCCAUAUUUGUGACUUACCUUGGAAAGAGUAUUUUGUUUAAAAUCUUUACAAGAUUAGAAAACUAGCUCCUAUAUCCUGGUCUCAAAAGGAGUUUUCAGUGUCCCAUUUCUUUCCUUUUAAAUGCCUCUCAAUGAAAAAUCUUAAAUUGUAUAUUGUCUAUUUUACUAUUCCCUGAUAGAAACAUGUAAAUAACUGUACAUACAAUGUUUAAUAAAUUCUAUUGGUCAUGCUAACAGAUGGUUGAAUCCUUGUGAUGGUGAAAUUUUCAUUCUUGAAGUUUUAUACAAUUUGACAAAUAAAUCCUUGAAAGUUCCAUGAUAA